UUCAGUUUUUGGACGGACUCGAUUUUCACAAGUUGCAACUUGCGGAGUUGCUUGAAAAAAUAGAAUAACAAAUUUGUGUUAGCUACAUUCCGCUGCCGCGCGUGCUGUGUGAACGUGUGUGUGAAUGAUAGCGCUGACUGCAUUAUUAACCAAAUACACGAUCGGUAUUAUGAGCAAUCUAAGCAAUGGCAAUAUGCAGCAGAAUCAACCACAACAACAACAACAACAACAACAACAACAGCAGCAGCAACAGAAUAACGGUGAAGCGGGCGCGGGGGCGCCUGCGGCGCCUUUGCUGUUAGAGCCUGGCGGUCCAAUGGCCGCACCUGGUCUGGGUGUCGCCGUAGGCGUGGCACAGCGUCAGCGCCUGCUGCUGCAGCAGCAACAACAACAAAAUCCCGCCGCCGAAGGCAGUGGCCUGGAUCGGGGCAGCUGCCUGCUGCGCUACGCCAGUCAAAACAGCCUCGACGAGAGCUCCCAGCGGCAGCGACCGAACGGCAAGGAGCGCGGCACUGUCGGCCAGUACAGCAACGAGCAGCACACGGCGCGCUCCUUCGACGCAAUGAACGAGAUGCGAAAACAAAAACAGUUAUGUGAUGUCAUUCUGGUCGCCGACGAUGUGGAGAUUCACGCCCAUCGCAUGGUGUUGGCCUCGUGCAGUCCCUACUUCUUUGCCAUGUUCACCAGCUUCGAGGAGUCGCGCAAGUCGCGCAUCACACUGCAGAGCGUGGACGCACGUGCUCUGGAGCUGCUCAUCGACUAUGUGUACACAUCGAAUGUGGAGGUAAACGAGGAUAAUGUCCAGGUGCUGCUGACGGCCGCCAAUCUGCUGCAGCUAACGGAUGUGCGGGAUGCCUGCUGUGAUUUUCUGCAGACUCAAUUGGAUGCCAGCAAUUGUCUAGGCAUUCGCGAAUUCGCCGAUCUGCAUGGUUGCGUCGAGUUGCUCAACUAUGCCGAGACAUAUAUUGAACAGCAUUUCAACGAGGUCAUUCAGUUUGACGAGUUUCUGAAUCUCACGCACGAGCAGGUCAUAAAUUUGAUAUCCAACGAUCGCAUCUCGGUGCCAAAUGAGGAGCGGGUCUAUGAGUGCGUCAUAAGCUGGCUGCGCUAUGAUGUGCCCAUGCGGGAGCAAUUCACCGCGGCACUGAUGGAGCAUGUGCGUCUGCCGUUUCUCUCCAAGGAGUUCAUCACGCAGCGUGUGUACAAAGAGAUGCUGCUCGAGGGCAACAUUGAGUGCAAGAAUCUGAUUAUCGAAGCUCUCACCUAUCAUCUGCUGCCCACAGAAACGAAAUCGGCACGCACUAAGCCCCGCAAGCCCGUGGGCAUGCCCAAGAUUUUGUUAGUUAUCGGCGGACAGGCACCCAAGGCCAUUCGCUCCGUGGAGUGGUAUGAUCUGCGCGAGGAGAAAUGGUAUCAGGCGGCCGAGAUGCCCAAUCGUCGUUGUCGCAGCGGCCUCUCCGUGCUGGGCGACAAGGUCUAUGCCGUGGGUGGCUUCAAUGGAUCGCUGCGCGUGCGCACUGUGGAUGUCUAUGAUCCGGCUACGGAUCAAUGGGCCAACUGCAGCAAUAUGGAGGCGCGUCGCUCGACACUUGGCGUUGCGGUGCUUAAUGGCUGCAUCUAUGCGGUUGGCGGCUUCGAUGGCACCACCGGCUUGUCCAGCGCCGAGAUGUACGAUCCGAAGACUGAAGUCUGGCGCUUUAUAGCCUCCAUGUCGACGCGUCGCAGUUCAGUAGGCGUGGGCGUGGUCAACGGGCUGCUUUAUGCCGUCGGUGGCUAUGAUGGCUUUUCGCGCCAAUGCCUGGCGUCGGUGGAGCGCUAUAAUCCCGAUACGGACACCUGGUCUCCCGUUGCCGAAAUGUGUUCACGUCGCAGCGGCGCCGGAGUUGGUGUGCUCAAUAAUAUCCUAUAUGCGGUGGGCGGCCAUGAUGGGCCGAUGGUGCGUAAAUCGGUGGAGGCUUAUGAUUACGAGACAAACACCUGGCGCUCCGUGGCGGAUAUGUCGUAUUGUCGUCGCAAUGCUGGCGUUGUGGCACACGAUGGUCUGCUCUAUGUGGUGGGCGGUGAUGAUGGCACCUCGAACCUGGCCUCCGUUGAGGUCUAUUGCCCCGACUCGGACAGCUGGCGUAUAUUGCCCGCUUUGAUGACCAUUGGACGCAGCUAUGCGGGCGUCUGUAUGAUAGAUAAGCCAUUGUGAAUGGAAGAGCAGGGCGCGUUGGCAAGGCAAGCGGCCUCGCUGGCCAUAGCGCUGUUGGAUGAUGAGAAUAGCCAGGCUGAGGGCAGCAUGGAGGGUGCUGUCGGCGGUGCUGUUUAUGGCAACAUCAUUGCUGCCGCAGCGGCACCACCAACAGCGGCGCUGCAGCAGCAGCAACAGCAGCCAGCUAAUCAUCCGCACUAUGAGAACAUCUAUGCGCCAAUUGGACAGCCCAGCAACAACAACAACAAUAAUAACCAGCAAGUUGUUGUGGCCAAUGUCAAUGCCAAUGCCCCUGCAAAUGUUGAGGAAGCAGCUCAGCAGCCACAGCAGCAGCAGCAGCAGCAGCAACAACAACAGCCAGCAGCAAGUGAAGCCAAUGCCAACAACAGUCAACCGCAAGCCCAACAGCAGCAGCAACAACAACAACAACAACAGCAGCAGCAGCAGCAAGCGCCAACACCACAACUGCAACAACAACAACAGCCAGCGCGCAUGCUGCCCAUGAACAAUUAUCGCAAUGAUUUAUACGAUCGCUCCGCAUCCACAGCGGCUGCCUACGAUGUCCCCAGAGCGGUGCGCUCCGGCUUGGGCUAUCGUCGAAAUUUUCGCAUUGAUAUGCAAAAUGGCAAUCGGUAUGGCAGCGGCCUGCGCUGUGCUCCAUUGUAUUCAAGCAAUCGUUCAAAUUGUCAGCGGCAGCGCAGCUUCGACGAUACUGAGUCAACGGAUGGCUAUAAUCUACCCUAUGCUGCAGCAGGCACCAUGCGCUAUGAGAACAUUUACGAGCAGAUACGCGAUGAGCCACUCUAUCGCUCCACAGCUGCCGCGGCUGCAAGUCGUGUGCCGCUCUACACGCGCCUGGAUGUGCUGGGCCAUGGCAUUGGGCGCAUCGAACGGCACCUGAGCUCCUCCUGCGGCAACAUCGACCACUACAAUUUGGGCGGACACUACGCAGUGCUGGGACACUCGCACUUCGGCACCGUUGGCCACAUUCGUCUGAAUGCGAAUGGCGGCGCAGCAGCGCCCACGGCAAAUGCCACCUGCACUGUGCCCAAUUGCCAGGGCUAUGUGGGUGCCGGUGGUGUGGCUGGUGUUGGUGGUGCUGGUGUUUCGAGUGCAGCUGCUGCUGCUGCCGCCGCUGCAGCUGCCGCAGCCGCCAGCAUGGCUGACUACAGCAAUGUCAAGGUGCCCGUCAAGAACAGCGCCUCGUCCUUCUUCAGCUGCCUGCAUGGCGAGAAUUCACAGAGCAUGACCAAUAUAUACAAGACGACGGCUGCUGCUGUUGCUGCUGCGCAUCACUGUUCGCCGCUGACGCCGAAUGUGUCCAUGGAGCGUGCAGCACGCUCGGCUUCGGCUGGUCCGGCUACGGCAGUAAUCGCAGCUGGAGCCGCAGCAGCCUCAGCGGCCGCCGAGGAGCAACAGCUCAAUGUGGACGCAGCAUGCAGCUCGGCGGCUGCGAUGCGACCCACAGGCGCUAUACCGAAGGUCAAAUCUGCAAGCAAAGCGGCCAAGGAGUCCAGCACUGGAACAGCUGCUAGCAAUGCCGACAAAUCAGCAGCAAGUGCAUCAUCCAAGAAAACAAACGCAGCACCAGCAGCUGCAGCAGCGACGGCAGCGCGUUCGAGCAGCUCUGCGGAUUCCGGCAACAAUACUUUGAACCGCAUAUCCAAGUCCAGUCUUCAGUGGCUGCUGGUCAACAAGUGGCUGCCUCUCUGGAUAGGCCAGGGACCCGAGUGCAAACAGGUGAUUGACUUUAACUUUAUGUUCUCGCGCGAUUGCGUCAAUUGCGACACCGCCUCGGUGGCUUCGCAAAUGUCCAAUCCGUAUGGCACGCCGCGUCUGGGCCUCGGCACUCUGCCCCAGGACAUGAUGCGCUAUCAGGGCAGCAGUGCAAGCAUGCGACGCGAUGCAACGAAUCCAACAGCUCGCCCGCUGCACAGCAACCUGAGCCGGCUGCGCUGUGGCGCCGACAAGCGGCCAAAUCGCACAGCUGAGACGAGCAGCAGCUAUCGUCAUGAGGAUCCUUCGUAUGAGAACGUGCACGUGCAGUGGCAGAAUGGCUUCGAGUUUGGACGCUCGCGCGAAUACGACGGCAACUACAAUCAGCAGCGGCCGCUGUUGCAACGCGCACGCUCCGAGAGUCCCACGUUCAGCAAUCAACAGCGACGCAUGCAACGUGCCGCAGCUCAGGCACAGGCUCAAGCACAAUUCCACAAUGCACAACACUCGGCCAAGCUUGCUGAUCCCUUCAAAGGCUACGAACUGAAUGUAGACAACAAUAGCUUUAAGCCCAAGCAGCCAACCGCUAUGGAGAUGUGCGAUGAGCUGGAAGGCGCGGUGGGCGGAGCGGCAGCCGAAUCGGAUGCCGAGCAGGCGUUGGACAACCUAAAUGCGAGUGAUAACGAGACUGAAACGACGACAACCAAUACAACAACAACAGCAUCAACAACAACAGCAAUGCCAGCAGCAGCAGCAACACCAACACCAACAGCAACAAAUAAUGCAAGUGCCGCAACUUCUAGCAACAGCAAUGCCAGCUCCAACGAUGCAAACGAUUAAAAAUUUUACUA